CAAGUCUUGUGGACCUUGGGAGGAGACACACACUCAGGAUGCUGGUCCCCGCCCUCCUCGUCCUCCUCUUCUGCUUUAGAGGGCGCGCAGACCGGUCGCCCCAUUUUCUGCAACAGCCUGAGGACCUGGUGGUGCUGCUGGGGGAGGAAGCCCGGUUACCCUGUGUUCUGGGCGCAUACAGGGGUCUCGUUCAGUGGACUAAGGAUGGGCUGGCUCUAGGAGGAGAAAGGGACCUGCCAGGGUGGUCCCGGUACUGGAUAUCAGGGAAUGCAGUCAGUGGCCAACAUGACCUCCACAUUAGGCCUGUGGAGCUAGAGGAUGAAGCAUCGUAUGAAUGUCAGGCUACUCAAGCAGGUCUCCGAUCACGACCAGCCCAAUUGCACAUACUAGUGCCCCCUGAAGCCCCCCAGGUGCUGGGCGGCCCCUCUGUGUCUCUGGUUGUUGGAGUUCCUGCAAAUCUGACUUGUCAGAGCCGAGGAGAUGCCCGCCCUAUCCCUGAGCUGCUGUGGUUCCGGGAUGGUGUCCGACUGGAUGGGACCACCUUCCACCAGAACCUGCUGAAGGAAGGAACCACUGGGUCAGUGGAGAGCACCUUAUUCUUCACCCCUUCCAGCCAUGAUGAUGGAGCCACCUUAGUCUGCCGAGCCCGGAGUCAGGCCUUGCCCACAGGGAGGGACACAGCUAUCACACUGAGCCUGCAGUACCCCCCAGUGGUGACUCUGUCUGCUGAGCCACAGACCGUGCCGGAGGGAGAGAAGGUCACUUUCCUGUGUCAGGCCACAGCCCAACCUCCUGUCACCGGCUACAGGUGGGCAAAGGGAGGCUCUCCAGUGCUUGGGGCCCGCGGACCAAGGUUGGAGGUCGUGGCAGACGCCUCGUUCCUGACCGAGCCGGUGUCCUGCGAGGUCAGCAACGCCGUGGGUAGCGCCAACCGCAGCACCGCGCUGGACGUGCUGUUUGGACCGAUUCUGCUGGCAAAGCCGGAGCCCAUGUCCGUGGACGUGGGAGAAGACGCUUCCUUCAGCUGUGCCUGGCGCGGGAACCCCCUCCCACGGGUAACCUGGACCCGCCACGGUGGCACUCAGGUGCUGAGCUCAGGGCCCACUUUGCGUCUUCAGUCGGUGGGCCCGGAGGAUGCAGGCAACUACGUGUGCCGGGCUGAGCCGGGGCUUUUGGGCCUGGGGGGCGGCACGGCGGAGGCUAGGUUGACGGUGAAUGCUCCCCCGGUAGUGACCGCCCUGCACUCUGCGCCCGCCUUCCUGAGGGGCCCCGCUCGCCUCCAGUGUCUAGUGUUUUCCUCCCCAGCCCCAGAAGCUGUGGUCUGGUCUUGGGAUGAAGGCUUCCUGGAGGCAGGGUCAAGAGGUAGAUUCCUAGUGGAGACAUUCCCAGCCCCAGAGGGCCAAGGGGGAAAGGGUCCAGGCUUGAUCUCUGUACUACACAUUUCCGGAACCCAGGAGUCCGACUUUAGCAGUGGCUUCAACUGCAGUGCCCGGAACCGGCUGGGUGAGGGAGGCACCCAGAUCCACCUGGGCCGUAGAGACUUACUGCCCACUGUGCCGAUGGUGGCUGGGGUAGCUGCUGCAGCCACAACUAUCCUUAUGGCCAUUACUGUGGUGGCCCUCUGCUGCUGGCGCCACACCUCUUUCUCCAAGCAAAAGAACUUGGUGCGAAUCCCAGGAAGUAGCGAUGGCUCCAGUUCAAGAGGUCCUGAGGAGGAAGAGACAGGCAGUGGCGAGGAACGGGGCCCCAUUGUGCAUACAGACCAUAGUGACCUGGUUCUGGAUGAGGAAGGGGCUCUGGAGACUAAGGACCCAACCAAUGGUUACUACAAAGUGCGAGGGGUCAGUGUGAGCCUGAGCCUUGGUGAAGCUCCAGGAGGAGGCCUCUUCCUACCACCCUCCUCCCCACUUGGACUUCCAGGGACCCCUACCUUCUAUGACUUCAACCCACACCUGGACAUGGUCCCCCCCUGCAGACUGUAUAGAGCCCGGGCAGGUUAUCUCACCACACCUCAUCCUCGAGCUUUUGCCAACUACAUAAAACCCACAUCCUUUGGACCCCCAGAUCUGGCCUCUGGGACUCCCCCUUUCCCAUAUGCUGCCUUCCCCAUGCCAAGCCACCCACGUCUCCAGACUCAUGUGUGACAUCUCCAACUGAAGAGCCCUGGGAUUUUCAACUUGCCAUAAUUGGUUGUCCUGAUUUCUGAGGGACCAGAACUAGAUGACAACCUUAUUCCUCCAAAAUUGAACAUUGAGGGAGGGAAGAAUCAUUACAAUUAUCAGGAUCAUUGAUACAGAGUCAACUCAGGGAAAGCAAAUGCCCCAAGUGGAAGCAUUAUGGCCACUGUGCCCACCUAUUCUUCUGUGUAAAAGACAUUCAAGGCUUUAGGGAUGGAACUCAGUGGUAGAGCAAUUGCCUAGCCUGAAAGAGGUCCUGGGUUCAAUCCCUAGUAUCACACACACACACAAAAGAUAUUCAAGAUGUAGGACAUGGGGGAUGAAAGUUAGGGGCAGGAAUGGAAGUCAUUUCUAGCUACUGAGGAAAGAUAUUUCAAGAUGACCACUUCCAUUGAGAAGAAAGAUAGUACAAGGCGGAUCAAUAUGGAAGGCAUAAGCCAGGCAUGGUGGCACAUGCUUGUAAUUCCAGCCACCUCUGAGACUUAGUGA